AUGGAUUUUGGUGACAUGGAUCGUUGUUGUCACCAUUGUGGUGCACUUUUUUGGUAUGCUGAGAGACUUGCAAAGAGUAAACAAUCGACUAACCCCAAAUACUCAAAAUGUUGCCUUCAAGGGAAGAUAGAUCUUCCAUUCUUCCAAUCUCCUCCGGAUUUGCUAGCAAAUUUACUGUCUGGAGUUGAUCCGCGAAGUCGUCAUUUCUUUGAGCAUAUUCGUACAUACAAUAGUAUGUUCGCAUUCACGUCGCUUGGCGGUAAAGUUGAUGCUAAUAUGAAUGACGGUGGUGGGCCUCCGCAGUUUGUCAUUAGUGGACAGAACUAUCAUCGAAUUGGAAGUUUGUUACCGAUUGAAGGUCAAAAGCCCAAGUUUGCGCAACUGUACAUAUAUGACACAAAAAAUGAAGUUGGGAAUAGGAUGGAUCAUUUCAGUCAAAGGUCAACCAGAUCUAACCUUGACCAAAGCUUGGUUAAAGAUCUCAUGAUGAUGAUUGAUGAAUCAAAUAUAUUGGCCAAAUCAUUUAGAAGAGUUCGAGAUCACAUCGAAGACGGGGUUGCAAAUGUGGCUUUGAGAUUAUUUCAAAAUCGUGUUCAAAAUCCGAACACGUACAAUCUACCUAAUGUAGAUGAGGUUGCCGCGUUGAUUGUUGGAGAUUUUGAUAGUUCUGAUUGUGGCCGUGACAUCAUUAUACGAACCCAAAAUGGAUACUUACAGAGAAUUCCGGAGUAUCACGUUUCCUUCCUGCCAUUGCAAUACCCCAUUAUAUUCCCUUAUGGUAAUGGCGGGUACACAAAAGGUAUUAGCUUUGCUGCAUAUUCGAUUAAUGAUGGGGAUUGGAAGCGUGAAGGUGUCUCUUUUUUAGAAUGGGUUGCGUUUAGAUUACAGAAGAGACAACAUGAGUGCAGUAGGUUGCUAUUGAGUAGAAGGUUAUUGCAACAAUUUGUUGUUGAUUGCUACUCCAUGAUUGAGUCUGGCCGGUUGUUCUUCCUUAGAAAUAGGCAACACAUUAUCCGUAAAGAGGUUCUAUCAGGUAUUCAGGAGGCUAUGGAUCGGGGAGACACAAACGCGUCGACUAUUGGCUCCAGGAUUGUCUUACCUUCAUCAUUUACAGGCGGUAGGUGUUACAUGUUCAACAAUUGUCAGGAUGCAAUGGCAAUUUGUAAAGCAUUUGGGUACCCGGAUUUGUUUAUCACCAUGACAUGCAACCCAAAAUGGCCUGAAAUUGAGCGGGAAAUUUCAAAGAAUGGGUUAUCUACGUAUGAGAGACCAGAUAUUGCAUGCCGAGUGUUUCGAGCGAAACUAGAUGAAUUAAUGUCGGACCUUAAAAAGGGCGUAUUUUUUGGCAAAGCUAUGGCAGCUACAUACACCAUUGAGUUUCAAAAGCGGGGCUUGCCACAUGCACAUAUUCUGUUAUGGCUUCAUCCUGAAUAUAAAUUGAAUUCUCCUGCAAUGAUUGAUUCAGUGAUAUGCGCGGAACUUCCAAAUCCAGAAUUAUAUCCCAAACUUUUCCAAGUUGUGUCUAACUUUAUGGUUCAUGGCCCAUGUGGAUUCAGCAACAUCCGAUCCCCGUGUAUGAAAAAUGGCAAAUGCUCGAAAUUCUUCCCUAAGAAAUUUCAAAACGCUACAUCAUUUGAUAGAGACGGAUUUCCUAUAUAUAGAAGAAGGAACACUGGAGUAACAACCACCAGAAGAGAUACUCAGCUCCACAAUGGAUUUGUUGUUCCAUACAAUCCAAAAUUGCUAAUGAAAUAUCAAGCUCAUGUUAAUAUUGAAUAUUGCAACAAGGCAAACUCAAUAAAGUACUUAUUUAAGUACAUAAAUAAGGGUGUUGAUCGCGUGACCAUGUCGAUGUCCGUGUCAGGAGAUGCUCAAGAGGUUGAUGAAAUUAAACAGUAUUAUGAUUGUAGAUAUCUCUCCCCAUGUGAAGCAGUAUGGAGGAUAUUUAAGUUUCCUAUCCAUGAACAGUGGCCGCCUGUAAACAACCUCAAAUUUCAUCUACCUAACAGGCAAUCGGUCAUAUUCAAAAAUGACCAGGAUAUCAGUGAUGUAUUUGAUCGGUCCAAAGAAAAGAUGACUAUGUUCAUGGCGUGGAUGGAGGCUAAUGCCAAAUAUCCUACCGCAAAGGAUCUAACAUAUGCUGAUUUCCCUUCAUUGUUUGUUUUUGAUGAGGAUAAGUGUGAAUGGCGACCUCGAAAGAAAGGUUUCUCAAUUGGAAGAAUGAAUUUUGUGCCACCAGGAACUGGGGAGCUAUUCUAUAUGAGACUGUUAUUGAAUGUUCAACGUGGUUGUAGUAGCUUUGAUGAGCUGAAGACAGUAAAGAACCAUAUGUAUGAGACUUUUAGAGAGGCAUGUGCUGCUGCUGGAUUACUUACUGAUGACAAUGAAUUUGUUGAAAGCAUAAAGGAGACAUCUCUCUUGGGUUCUGGUCACUACAUUAGAGGCUUAUUUGUCAGAUUACUGGUAUCCAACACCAUGUCAAAUCCAGUGUCUGUUUGGAACAAAACAUGGGAGCUCAUAGCAGAUGGAAUACAAUAUGAUUUAAGAAGAUCUCUCAAUAAUUCAGAUUUGAGAAUCGAUGAUCAACGACUACGCGAACUGUGCCUAAUGGAGAUUGAAAAGAUACUUCUCAUCAAUGGAAAAUCACUGAAAGACUUUGAUGGGAUGCCCGUCGUUGAUGCUGAUCUCUUAGCUGAAUAUGGAAAUGUUCUUCUGUUCAACGAAUUGAACUUUGAUACUACUGAGAUGAGUCAGCUCCACUCCGAUUGCAUUAAUAGACUAAAUUCAGGUCAAUUUAGUAUAUAUGAAGAAAUUAUGACAGCUGUGAAUGGGAUUGAUGGUGGAUUUUUCUUUGUAUAUGGCUAUGGAGGAACAGGAAAGACAUUUCUUUGGAAAACCCUGACCUACCGGCUUAGAUCUGAGAGGAAAAUUGUCUUAAAUGUUGCUUCCAGUGGUAUAGCGUCUUUACUUCUACCAGGUGGUCGUACUGCUCAUUCGUUGUUCUCUAUUCCAUUGAACUUGAAUGAGGAUUCAUGUUGUUGCAUUCCCCAAGGUAGUCCUAAAGCAGAGCUACUUCAAGCUGCAAGUUUAAUCAUAUGGGACGAGGCACCUAUGGUUAAUAAAUAUGCAUUUGAGGCACUUGACAGGACACUUAGAGAUAUAAUGAGCACUAAGGUUCCAGACAGCAUGCAUAGACCAUUUGGCGGGAAAACUGUUGUGUUGGGCGGUGACUUCAGGCAAAUUCUGCCUGUUAUUCCAAAGGGUUGUCGAGCAGAGAUUGUCAUGUCAACAAUAAAUUCAUCCAGGUUAUGGAGUUGUUGUAAGGUACUAACACUAACCGAAAACAUGAGGUUGAUGCGCAAUUCUUCUGAACAGGAUGUUAAUGAAGUUCGCAUGUUUGCCGAAUGGGUGCUCGAUCUUGGAGAUGGCAAAUUAGGAGAACAUAGUGACGAUGAGUCAGAUAUUACAAUUCCUGAUGAGUUCAUGAUUCCACUAUCAUCCAAUCCCAUUUCUGAUAUUGUCGACUCUGUGUACCCUGGCAUAAACCAGAAUGUCACAGAUGCUAAAUAUUACAGUAAUAAGGCGAUCCUUGCACCAACACUAGAGGCAGUUGAUUCAAUUAAUCAACACGUGUUGUCUAUGUUUCCAGGUCAAGAAAUGACUUACUUAAGCUCUGAUAGUAUUUGGAAGGUGGAUGAACAGGUUGGGAUAUUAGCUGAUUGGAUUACCACUGAAUUCUUGAAUGAUUUCAAAUGUUCAGGUCUUCCUGAUCAUAAAUUGUUGGUGAAAGUAGGAGCUCCUGUUAUGCUAAUGCGAAAUCUUGACAUAUCAGCAGAAUUGUGCAAUGGUACUAGGCUAAUUGUGGAACAUCUCUGUCCCAACGUUAUUGGUGCUAUUGUCAUUACUGGUACACACAUCGGCACAAAGGUGUUUAUCCCCAGAAUGAAUUUAAUGCCUUCAGAUCCAACCAUGCCUAUCAAGUUCAUGCGACGACAAUUUCCUCUUUGUCUAUCAUUCGCUAUGACUAUAAACAAAAGCCAAGGACAAAGCCUAUCUGAAGUUGGUGUAUAUUUACCCAGACCUGUGUUUUCACAUGGGCAGUUGUAUGUUGCUGUAUCUAGAGUCACUUCAAGAGGUGGAUUGAAAAUCCUUUUAUGCAAUGAGGAGGAUGACAAACGGAAUGUGACAAAGAAUAUUGUGUUUGCUGAAGUCUUUCAAAAGAUAUACAAUAAUUGA